AUGGCGGAUCAAGAAGCGUCCAAGAUAAACCUCGACAACCAUCUCCUCCUCGACCAACCGCUCCUCCGUCUCCCUUACGAGCUUCUCCGCAAGAACUUCCGAUCCGCACAUUUCACCUUCGAGAAGGACUCCACCUUCGUCAAGAACCUGUUAAAGGAGACGGCCAACGGCUCGCUCAACGGCAGGACGACACCUCAAGAUGUCGUCAAGAAUCUGGAUACCAUGCUGGCAAGGAUUCGAGGUAUGAAGCGGAAGCUUUCGGCCUACGCUGACGAAGAGACACGCCUCCACCGCCAGGUCGAUGCCCGUGUCGCCCACCUGCGCGAGCUCUCUGGUGUUCACACCGUCGACGACGUCAAGUACGACGCUUGGUCCCGUCAGCGGCUCGACCGCCUGCUAGUAGACUACCUGCUUCGCCACGGCUACAAUGCCUCGGCCACUUCCCUCGCCGAGGAGCGCCAGAUGGUGGACCUGGUCGACAUUGACACCUUUGUGGCCAUGAGCAAGAUCCGCAAAUCGCUUGAGGAUCGCAGCGUACAGGAGGCGCUAGCCUGGUGCAACGAAAACAAAAAGGAGCUUCGUCGGAUGCAUUCGAAUCUCGAGUUCAUGCUCCGCUGCCAGCAGUUCAUCGAGAUGAGGCGUGCUGGCACUCCCGCAAAGAUGGCCGAGGCAAUUGCGCACGCCAAGAAAUAUAUCGCGCCCUUCAAUGACACGUACACCGAGGAAGUGUGCAACAUGGCGGGCCUGCUGGCGCAUCUCCCCGACACUAAGCAGGAACCCUAUGAGUCGCUGUACAGCCUGGAGCGCUGGACCAAGCUCGCCGACGUAUUUGUCGAGGCACAUAACAAGCUACUGGGCCUGCCGUCCUUCCCGCUCCUGCAUACGGCGUUAUCGUCGGGCCUUUCGGCUCUCAAGACGCCCGCAUGUCACAGCAGCACGGCCACGAGCUCCUCUCGGCCCAGCCACAGCACCAGCUUGACGACGAGCGUCUGCCCUAUCUGCUCAACCGAGCUCAACGAACUGGCGCGCAACGUGCCAUAUGCUCACCAUAGCAAGAGCCACGUUGAACACGAUCUGCUUCUCCUGCCCAAUGGCCGCGUCUACGGCAAGGACCGCCUUGAGGAGUACGCCGUCAAGGCCGGUCUGCCGCCGGGCCAGGUCAGAGAUCUGGUGACUGGAGAGUCAUUCGCCGUGGAUAAGUUGAAGAAGGUUUUUAUCACAUAG